AUGGCCACGACAUGGGCCAUGACGGGAACGCCAGAGCUGUUCAACGUCGACGAGCUGGUUACCUACGGUGUGCGAGUCCCAGUCAGCUACAACGCUGGGAUCAGCGCGUGCGAGAAGGGCGGGCAGUGGCAGCGGGCGCUGGCGUUGCUGAGCGGAGUUCGGGAGGCGAAGCUGGAGCCCAACGUCAUCAGCUACAGCGCUGGGAUCAGCGCGUGCGCGAAGGGCGGGCAGUGGCAGUCGGCGCUGGCGUUGUUCAGCGAGAUGUGGGAGGCGAAAUUGGAGCCCAACUCAGCUACAGCGCUGGGGUCAGCGCGUGCGAGAAGGGCGGGCAGUGGCAGCCUGCGCUGGCUCUGCUGA